UAUAAAAGUUAAUAAAUUUAAUAAAAAAAAUAAAAACUUCAUUAUUUUAUAGCUUUUGCCUUUUCUUUUCUACUCAAGAAAGCAGAUAGUUCAAAACAUAGCUUCUUCUGCUUGGUGCCUUAAACCCUUUUCCGUUUUCCAUGGCUACUCACUAAAUAAUGAAAUCCCAUUUAACCACUUUCAACAGUAACACCAAUAACAGUAACAAUCAAUCAUCAAAUGGUAACCAAGUUCUUUCUCAGAUCGAACUCUUUCCCUCUCACUAUUAUCUCCCCAGCAAGAACGACCCAAUUCUUUCUCUUCCCUAAACUCUCUAUCUCCAAACUCCCUUUUAUUUCCCUUUUCUCUGCCACACCUGCUCAUCCAUCUACUAAAUCACCAGAAGCCUUCCUUUAUGGACCCUCUCUUUUGAAAGGAAAUAACCCAUUUCAGUACGCACAACAGCAACAGAAACUGCAACUGCAACAAGAACAAUGUUAUCAGUCCCAAUUGGGUGCUCCAAAACUCCUUAAUGGAGACGAACAAGACAAGAAAGAGGAAAAAGAAAUAGACUUUCAUGAUGAUUCUGUAAUUGAUGAAGAGAAUUUCAUUCGGGUAUUUGAUAUAGCUGCACUUAGAGUUCCUGCUAAGAAUUGUUUUGCUUUAGAGAGUAGACUCCGUGGCCAUUUAUUGAAUUGGCCGCGAAUUCGAAACAUUGCUAGAGUUCCUGGUGAUGAAGUUGACGAAGAGAUUGUCUCUUUGUUGGGAGAGUCUAAAGUUGGAAAUGGGAGUAGGGACGAUGAAGAAGGAAAGCUUGAUGCUUUGGAUAGAAGGAUAUAUGGUAGAGCAGAGGGAGAUGGUGAAGAAUUAAGUCCUGUCUUGUAUAGGGAAAGACUGGCUAAGGAGUUUAAUUCAAGAGGAUUUUUUAAGUUUAGAAAUUUAGCUAAGAUUUCGCGGCCGCCCAAGAGGAAAAGAAAGGAAGGGGAAGUAGAAGGAGGUGAGAAAAUGAGAAAGAAAAAUGGGAAGGAUCAAUUUGCUGUAGUGGAGGUUAUGGAGGCAGAUGACGAGGAAGGGGAUUGGAAAGGUUUGCUGGGGGAUGAUUUUAAAGGGAGCAAAAAGUGGAGAGGUUCAACAAGAUUGUUGCUUUUGGAUGAGAGGUAUGCAGAUAAGAGAAUGGAGGAUUUGCCCCGGGCUAUCAAGGCCGCUUUGCAAGAAGCUAUGAAAGAAAAUUCUACUUCUACCUUUGAGCUUGUUAGAUGCAAGUUGACAUUGUCUUAUAACUACUGGCAGAUGAAUGAGGUUGUUGAAAAGGCAUCAUAUUCACAUGUCUUGGAGGCCUUACUGCCAGAAGGUGCAAUUAUUCCGUCAGCAUUUGAGACAGUUGGGCAUAUUGCACAUCUGAACUUGAGAAACGAGCAUAUGCCAUACAAAAAACUUAUAGCAAAGGUAGUCCUGGAUAAAAAUAAGCCAAAGAUACAAACUGUUGUAAAUAAGAUUGAUGCCAUACAAAAUGACUACAGAACAAUGCAACUUGAAGUUUUAGCAGGAAAUCACUCCCUUGUGACCAUGGUAGUUGAGAAUGGACUACGAUUUCAUGUUGAUUUAGCAAAAGUGUACUGGAAUUCAAGGCUUGCAACUGAAAGACAAAGGCUUCUCGAUGGAUUCACGCGCAAUGAUGUUGUUUGUGAUGUUUUUUCUGGUGUUGGUCCAAUAGCUUUAUCUGCUGCAACAAUAGUAAAGCGUGUUUAUGCCAAUGAUUUGAACCCUUGUGCUGUUGAUUAUUUGGAGAGAAAUAGCGUAUUAAACAAGCUUGAGAGAAAGGUUAAGGUCUUUAAUAUGGAUGGAAGGAGGUUCAUAGAUGCUAUGUUCUCAAGUGACAAAGCUCAGACCAUCACGCAGGUGGUUAUGAAUUUGCCUAAUGAUGCUGCAGAAUAUCUAGAUGCUUUCAGGGGUUUAUUCAAAGACAAUCCCAAGAAAAGAGAAGUUGCUCUACCAAUGAUCCAUGUUUAUGGAUUCUCCAAAGCUCAUGAUCCGGAAUUCGAGUUUCACGAGCGGAUAAGAAUUGCAUUAGCAGAAGCAGCAGUUCAUGUAGAAAUGCGAAGAGUACGUCUGGUUGCACCUGGAAAAUGGAUGUUAUGUGCAUCAUUUAGGCUUCCUGAGAGUGUAGCAUUUGCAAGUAACAUGUCAAAGUAAAAAAUAGGUCAAUCUCACAGUUUUGUACAUCAAAUGAAGAUGAUAAUUUAGUCUUACUGAAUGGAUAGUGAGUUUGGAGUGCAUUUGUAGAAACUAAAAAGUUGCAUCAGAAGCAACAACACUUCAAAAAGGCACCUGCCAAAAGUUAUAAUCUUAAGCA